GCGUUGGGUUGCAUGAGUCGAAAGCGCGCGAAAGACGCGGCGAAUUGGGCGGCACUUCUGCGGCUCACUCGAUGUGGACUCAACCUGAACAAGCUGAUCGGAUCCUCGGACGGUGUCAGAGCUUUCUCCAUGCAGCUUCAACAGCACUUCGAAUCGACUAAGUUCACUCAUGUGGGCGUCGAGUGGGAUGCGUCGCCACAGCUCCUCGCAUUGGCAGGCGCGUUGGCAAUGCAGUGCGAGUGUGGGAUUACCAUUCUGCGUCCAUUGAGUGAAAAUCGCGACUCAGGGGAUGUGACGACAGCAUCGGUGUUGGUGCUUGUGGAAUUGGUGGAGAAUGGCGACGACUUGCUUGUGACGUUGCAUCGGACAAGUCAAUGUGUCAUGACCCCAAGUACGGCCGUGGGACUCGCCGCUGUGUGUGCAAAGGAAGAAAUCACGUUCGACGACCUCAGCGUGUCAUGGUACUGUGGAUGGACGCCAAAGGGAGCGAAACUGGAAGUCGCAACGUCGGUGUCGCCCGUUCGGCAAUUGGAAAAGUACAAAUUGCGCCACUGCACGACGAGUUACGAAGGCAAUCAACUCGGCGAAGAUCGAAAUGAACAUUGGAUCGACGGUGAUAUUGCGAUGUAUGCCGUGUACGACGGUCAUGGCGGGGACAUCGCGGUCAACUUUAUCCAGGAUACACUAGGCCGGAUCAUCCAAGACGCGUUGCAUCUGCGUCGGUCUGACAAGCAUGACACAAGCAAAGAUGAAACAAGAGUGAUCGUACCAAGCAAGCGAAAGUCCCUAUCGGCGUCGUCGCCAUUGCUAGUUCAGGACAUUUUGAGGCAGUCGUUUCUCACCUGCGACCAGCAACUCAAGGACAAACUCACGGCGUAUGGACCCACCGUCAAGGCGUCCAGAGGGUACUGCAACACAGGGUCAUGCGCAGUCACUGUUGUGUUUGAUGGGGACAAGCUGUACGUGGCCAACGUCGGGGACUGCCAAGCGGUGCUUGGGCUCGAGCGUGAAGCCACGCCUUUGCACGGCCACAAUAUCACGUGGGACGCCAAGGUCUUGAGUACGUUGCACGACUGCAAUAACCCAGAUGAAGUCAAACGAGUGAUCGAACGCAGCAACGACCGAAAUGCGGUUCGACUUAGCCACGACGACCAGCUACAUCGACCUGGAGCAGAGUACGGUGGGGCGAAGCGCGUCGCUGGGAGCCUCAUGGUGACACGGGCGCUGGGCGACUGGUACCUCAAGGCGGAAGAAUUUAGCUCGAUGCCGUACAAGCCCAAGGUCCCGUAUAUCACAGCAGAACCGGACGUGGUCGUGCAUGCUUUGACCAAGCAAGACAAGUUUGUCAUCCUUGCCAGCGAUGGGUUGUGGGAAUUGGUCCCUCCACUCUUGGCGGUGCAAGUCGUGUCGAAUUAUGGUACAGUCCAUGCGAGACGUCGUCGAAGAAGCGUUGCGUGAAUGAGUGGCGGGGCUGAUGGACCUGUAGUGUCGUCGGCCCAACACGUCGCCGACAACCCCAUUCCAUCGGCGAGCGCGGCACUGGUGCACAUGGCGUUGGAAGAGGCCGCUCGAAGGGAGGGCAUGGCGGUGCACGAAUUGCUCGCGUUAACCAAGGGGCCGGCGCGGCGGAGCAUCCACGACGACAUCACAUGCACCGUCGUGUUUUUAGAGCAUCCGUCCGACUAACCCACGACAUUGACGUGAGAAUAUGUGUUGGAGUCGACGCCAAUUCCCUUGCUCAAUGUCCACUCAACCCAUCCCCG